GAAAAAGUCUGGCGGGAGGGUUUCGCGUGCGAGCUGACGGCGGCGAUGCAAUUUGGGCGGCUGCUCAGUUUAUUGGUAGAGGACGCAGAAUUCAACGGCCGGAACCAGUUGCCCCAGUAACGGCGGCUGAAUCUUCGCCGGAGAAAGGAUAAGGUGACUGGCGGCGAAAUCUGGGGAGACAGCGACGGCGUACGGAGCCCCCCCGGCGGUCCACGCGCUCGGCCUCGCAGCCUCGCGCGCGCUGUCGCACGGCAGCGGGAAGUACCAUUUGACCUCGCGCCCCGCCCCGCCCCGCCCCGUUAAAUCACGCCCGCCCCCGAGCCCGAGGAGGAGGAGUCCAGCAAGGGGACAGACAAGACGGACGCAGACCCACCACCAGCAGCGGAAAGGCCAGACGGACAGGAGAGAGGAGACGGCCGUUGUCUGUCCUCGAGGCGCCGGCGCCGGCGCCGGCUGGAGAUUCCGCGCGUGACGACCAUCACGAGAGCGGAGCCCCGGCGAGGUGUAUCUCAUUCUCAGCUGCAGAGUGCAGAGCCUCUCGCGGCGUAGGAUCGAGCCAUCGAUGGGCUGCGCGUGGUCGUCGUCGCCGUCGCCGUCGCCGUCGAAGCGCGAGCAGCGCGCCCAGGGGUACGAGGAGCCGGCCGUCCUCGCCGCCGAGACCUCCUUCACGGUGAACGAGGUGGAGGCGCUGUACGAGCUCUACAAGAAGCUCAGCUACUCCAUCUUCAAGGACGGCCUCAUCCACAAGGAGGAGUUCCGGCUGGCGCUGUUCAGGACCAGCAAAGGGGCGAACCUCUUCGCGGACAGGGUGUUCGACCUCUUCGAUCUCAAGCGCAACGGGGUCAUCGAGUUCGGCGAGUUCGUGCGCUCGCUCAGCAUCUUCCACCCCAAAGCGCCUGAAUCUGAAAAGACCGCAUUUGCAUUCAAGCUGUACGACCUGAGGGGGACAGGCUACAUCGAGAAAGAAGAGCUCCGGGAGAUGGUGGUGGCGCUUCUUGAUGAGUCCGACCUAUGUCUCUCUGACAGCGCCGUCGAGGAGAUCGUCGACAAUACGUUCAGUCAAGCAGACUCGGAUGGCGACGGCAGGAUAGACCCCAAGGAGUGGCAGGAGUUCGUCAAGAAGAACCCAGCAUCGCUGAGGAACAUGUCGCUGCCCUAUCUCCAGGACAUUACGACGACGUUCCCGAGCUUUGUAAUGCAUUCGGAAGUUGAAGAUUACACUGGAGUCAGCAAAUAACAAGGAAGGCACAGUUAUCGGCCUUGAACAUAUCUGGAGGCAGUGCAUUCAGAACUGAGCUGCACACAGAAAUGCCUGAAACUCAAGUAGGAGGAGAGUAGAAGCAUCAUCUUGGUAAGCGGCCGCGGACCGGGCCUGGAUUGAGAACUAUCGCCGUUAGACUCUGGUGGUAGCUCAUCUACCGUUGCUGCCGUGAUUGGUGGUAAAUAAAAGAAUCUGGUCGUGAAAUACAUUCAGAAAUGGGUCAUUUCGUGCUAAAUUCAUGAUUAAGGAUGGAAACAGUGAGUUUGGCCCAUCUAGGUGACAGACACGGAGGGGCAACAGAGACAAUUCGCCGGGGUACCAAGAGUCCAUCCUUGUCGCUUCCCAAACCACAUCUGAGCACCCCAACCCUAACCCACAAGACAUAAUCAUUAAGUAUGAAUGUGUGUGUGUGUAAUAUGGCCGCUGAGUGUCUCACUAAAAUGGUCAUUGCCGCGCACAAAAAAGGUCUUAUCCAGGGGUUUGUUGCUGAUUUAAUUGAGAGUGGAGUUGCUAUCUUGCAAUGUGCGGAUGAUAUGGUCUUGUGUUUUACUCAUGAUCCUUCUAAAGCUGUUAACAUCAAA